AUGAUUAUGGAAAAAUUGACUUCAUCAGAAGGUGCUUCAGUGGUUUUUCAGUGCCUAUUCGAACACUAUGAUGUAGAGGAACGCAAGCGCGAAAGUGUGUGGAAAAAAAUGAAAGGCCGUCUGGAUCAACGCGUACGCAAUACCAGAAGGCCAGUGGGACACACAGUGGCAAGGGGGAACAGAAAUGGAUCGGAGGAGGACGAAGAUGCGGCAGCCGCACUCGAAAGAAUAAGAUUGGCAGAUGAGGAUCCGCAAAUGGUGGCGAUUACAGGCCGCGAGCGCAACAGGGGAAGAUCGAAACCACGAAGAUGA